AUGUCAAUCAUUAAAUCAAUUUUAUCAAUUUCAAAUAAUCAAUCAUUAAAAAGACAACAAAGAAUUAAUAAUGAAGUUGUUCCAACCACAAACUCAUUUACUCAACAACAAAAUGCUGGAUUGUUGGGAGGUGAAUUAAUUCAAACACAACUCAGUAUUAACCCUUUACUUGAUUUAGUUGUAUUUCUUUAA